UCGUGUCCGCCGCAGACACGGAUCCUGUGAGUCGUGCACAACUUGUGGAUCCGCUCAGGCUCGUUCAGGGCUGAUGUGGAGACGUCAGGAAGGUUUGGUGUUGAAAAGGCUGCAGCGCGACACAAACGUCUCCCCCUGAGUGUGAGAGAGUCGCGGAUGGAUGAAGUGAUGACGGAGCCCUGAGCCACAGUGAGAGAGCGUGCACACACACGUCAGCUCGGGGAGGGCAAAGCCUGCUUAAAAUGCAGUGAAUGUGACAGCAGAGUCCAGACGACAGCGGCGUGUGGACGGAAAGGUGAGCGUGAAAAGUGCGGGUGGGGGGGCACGAACAUGUCAGAGGAACCGGUCCAUCCGCAGACGUGACGCCGGCACCGGGAGGACACAGAGGGGGACGCGCGGAGACGCUCGGCUGCUUCCCAAAUACGCGCGGAGGAGUCGGAGGGGACGUGAGAGGACCGAGGUGCGGGGAGCGUCGCCCUCGUCUCGGGGGGUGGGGGGAAGAUGACAGUGGUGCCCGGAGAGAACCUGGAUGAGACUGUGGCACUGGCCGCGCUGUCCGCCCAGGAUGUGUACGACCCGGAGCGAGCCGAGAACCAGGAGUGCUGCGAGCGGGUGGUCAUCAACAUCUCCGGGCUGCGCUUCGAGACGCAGCUGAAGACGCUCGCCCAGUUCCCGUGCACGUUGCUCGGGGACCCGCGCAAGAGGAUGCGCUUCUUCGACCCGCUGAGGAACGAGUACUUCUUCGACAGGAACCGACCCAGCUUCGAUGCCAUCCUCUAUUACUACCAGUCCGGGGGGCGGCUCCGGAGACCCGUCAACGUGCCAGUGGACAUUUUCAUGGAGGAGAUUAAAUUUUACGAACUUGGGGAGGAGGUGAUUGAGAAUUUCAAGGAGGAUGAGGGGUUCAUCAAGGAGGAGGAGCGCCCGCUGCCAGAGAACGAGUUCCAGCGGCAGGUCUGGCUCCUGUUCGAGUACCCGGAGAGCUCCGGACCCGCCCGGGGCAUCGCCAUCGUGUCCGUGCUCGUCAUCCUCAUCUCCAUUGUGAUUUUCUGCCUGGAGACUUUACCGGAGUUCAGAGAGGAGGCCCGGACGUUAGACGAGCACCUGCUGGUGAACGGAACCGCGCGCGUAAAGAAGCCAAACCCGUUCACAGACCCGUUCUUCAUCGUGGAGACUCUCUGCAUCAUCUGGUUCUCUUUCGAGCUGCUCGUCCGGUUCCUGGCGUGUCCGAGCAAACCCGCGUUCUUCAAGAACAUCAUGAACACCAUCGACAUCGUGGCCAUCAUGCCCUACUUCAUCACCCUGGGGCUGGAGCUGGCCGAGCACCAGGGCAACGGGCAGCAGGCCAUGUCCCUGGCCAUCCUGAGGGUCAUCCGCCUGGUGCGGGUCUUCAGGAUCUUCAAGCUCUCCAGACACUCCAAGGGGCUCCAGAUCCUGGGCAAGACCCUGCAGGCCAGCAUGCGGGAGCUGGGCCUCCUCAUCUUCUUCCUCUUCAUCGGGGUCAUCCUCUUCUCCAGCGCCGUGUACUUCGCGGAGACCGACGACCCUGACUCGGGGUUCAGCAGCAUCCCGGACGCCUUCUGGUGGGCGGUGGUGUCCAUGACCACGGUGGGCUACGGGGACAUGUGUCCGGUCACCAUCGGGGGUAAGAUCGUGGGCUCCCUGUGCGCCAUCGCCGGCGUGCUCACCAUCGCGCUGCCGGUGCCGGUCAUCGUGUCCAACUUCAACUACUUCUACCACCGGGAGACGGAGCACGAGGAGCAGCUGCAGUACACGCACGUCACCUGCGGUCAGCAGCAGCCGCAGUUCGGGGAGUUCAGGAGGAGCGACAGCAAACCGUCCCUGUGCAAGUCCGACUACCUGGACAGCGAGGACGCGGACUCCAUCAAAUACACCAACUGCAGCCCGCACAAAGCCUGCACCGGGAAGCUCACCGACGUGUGACCGAGCCGACACGACGCGUCACCGGGGCGCGCAGAGGGAACCUGUCUGUGCCAUCACCAACAUCCGUGCGCUCUGGUUCGAGUCCAGCUUCUUUCUUCUGCCACCACAGGGAACCAGAGGACGGAUUGAAUCACGUUCACCCCUGACACCGUCUUCCAUUCAUGCGUCCUGGCCCGGAGGGGAUCGAACUGUAGCCACGUGUAGCACUUUAUUGUUUUGACUCUCAACCUGUCUCUUAGUAAAUUAGUAAUUUAUGAAGGUUUAAAGUUUACAUUUGAUUUCCUGUCGCUCUGCAGCAGAGACACAGCACGUGAGGACCAACUCCAUCCAAAUCUACAGGCUGACACACGCACACGCACACGCACACCUGUUAUUUCGGCCUCAUGUAUUUUCCAGUCAGGCUCAGAGUCUCCUGUGACUCCAUGUUUGAGUUUGAAUCAGGCUCCUGCACGUAGAACCUGCAAGACAAGCACCGGGGCACAUGCACUUUGUCGUUAACGUGCACUCUGUUGUUGACGUGCACGUGCACAGGCUUCGGGAGGUUUGUUAUGAAAACCAGGCGCAGCUUCUCCAAGCCAGGAGCGCCCCCGCGUGGAUGAGAACAGACGCUGCAUCCUUUUCUGGUGGAUGCAGUUUCUAUAGCAACCUCCCAGACUUCUUUAUUGUCUGCCACAGGAGCUGAGAGGAGGACGCAGGAUGGAGGAGUCGAGACGAGGCCAGGAAACCACCAUGUUGUGGAAGCCUCCAUGUUGUUUGAGGAGCGAGACGUCGUUUCUAUCAUCGGCUGAAAACCAUCGAACAUCAUAUUUACACACAGUCGACGUGUUAAACCUUAUUCACACUGAGAAGAUGAAUCAUACACACGAUCCACACUGAGCGGAAAAUAUUAGGAUCGUCUGUGCUUGAGGAUUUAAAUAUAUCAGAUAA